AUGUCGGAUGCCUUGCUUCGAUGGUGUGUGGAUCAGUUGCACCACAACUUUGGCUUGGAGGCCAGUGAAGACAUAGUCCAGUAAGUAGCGAACCUUAACUAAAUGUUGAUUUAAAAUAGUGAGCUAGCCAUUGCUAGAUGUCUGUCUUUUGACAGUUGCCUCUCUCUUGUAAAAGUUAAUACAAUUGUCAACGACGUCAUUAUUACUAUUAGGUCUGUGAACUUGUCAAUCUUCCCAGUUCAUUCAGCUAGCUCGAUAUGCAGCCAUUUGCACUUGCCUGCCAGCUAGCUAGCUUUUUCAGGUGGCCAUAUCUUAAUGUCACGUCAUCAAAAUCAUGGUCUACUAAGCCAAAGCGUAGACUGACGGACUGACUGACUGACUAUGAGAUGGACAUAAAUCAAGGUUUACCAAAGUAGGCCUAGCUGUCAUAGGUCAACAUUUCAACAAUUAACUCUACUAUCUAGGCUAGCUAUAAAUGCUUAUCAAUGCCAUUGACAUUCUUCUCACUCUCUACAGGUAUAUUCUGUCCAUCGACAAUGCGGACGAGAUUGCAGAGUAUGUUGGGGACCUCCUUCAGGGCACUGACGGAAGGAAGAAGCAGUUUAUAGAUGAACUCCUUGACAGAUGGCAGCGGUCUCAGACACUGACUCCUGACAGCGCUGGGCUGUUCCCCAUGAGCUCUCUGUCGGGAACAGGUAGGAGGCCUUCUUCAACUGCCAUAUUGACACUGACCUCUUGUCUCAUUGACACUGACCUCUUGUCUCAUUGACACUGACCUCUUGUCUCAUUGACACUGACCUCUUGUCUCAUUGACACUGACCUCUUGUCUCAUUGACACUGACCUCUUGUCUCAUUGACACUGACCUCUUGUCUCAUUGACACUGACCUCUUGUCUCAUUGACACUGACCUCUUGUCUCAAUGACACUGACCUGUUGUCUCAUUGACACUGACCUGUUACCAUAUUGUUUAAUAUGUUUAUUUUUUCAGUUGUAAUAUAUUUUAUAAGUCAUUUUUUUGUCAGGCUAUAUGGUUCCUAAUACAGUAUGCCAACUGUACGAUGCGAGUGAGACUCAAGACUGUUGUGAUGUCCAUCCUGUCCUUGAUAAGUGACUAUCCAAACACAGUAACAAUUACAUGCAUGAGAGGGAAUGCUAACCAGUCGUAUGCUUCUCUAGAUGCUCCAGACAUGUCCAAGGACUCCCAGAAGAAAUCCAAGCGCAAAGGCAGGAACAAGCAAGAGGUGAUGGCUGUUAGUCAAGCAGUGCCUGAGCCUGAGGUGGUGAAAACUCCCAUCGACCUGAUGAAGGCCCAGGAGAGCGGCAGCUCCUCGUCACAGAAGAAGAAGAAGAAUACGUUUGUGAGCCUCUACAAUAAAGAGGGCCAGGACAAGCUGGCUAUCCUGCUGCCCGGGCGUCAUUCCUGCGAAUGUCUGGCCCAGAAGCACAACCUCAUCAACAACUGCAUGAUCUGCGGACGCAUUGUGUGUGAGCAGGAGGGAUCAGGGCCCUGCAUCUUCUGUGGCACCCUGGUGAGAAAACGACCAUUCUGAGUUUGAAAUUACCUGACCUCUAACUUUAUGCUUGUUGUAUGUUUCCCCAGUAAGUUCUUUCAAAUUCAAUUUGGCCUCUUAGAAGUAUUUUCCCCUGGUUUCUUGUGUUCUUCUAUGAAUUCACCAGGUAUGCACCAAAGAGGAGCAAGAGAUUCUGCAACGAGACUCCAACAAAAGUCAGAAACUGCGCAAGAAACUCAUGGGUGAGACAAGGCAACAGUAGUAUCUAUCUACGUAGCGUAGUAGAGAGUUGUUGAAUUAUAUAGUAAUGUCUGUGUGCCCGUGUGUGUCUGUCUCACAGAGGGGGCAUCGGAGAGGGACUAUCUUCCACACCAAGAGGCUAAGAUGAAGGCAGGGUUAGAAAAGGCCCUUCAACAUAAAGACAAACUGCUGGAAUACGACAAGAACAGGUUGGGAUGUAGUGUGCAUAUAGUAUUUAAUGUGGUUUCACUCUUUCUCUGUUUAAAGACACAUUCUUUAUACUUUCUUCCUGAUGCAUUUGGAGGCUAUGUCAUUAUAUUUGGAGGCUAUGUCAUUAUAUAUGGAGGUUAUGUCAUUAUAUAUGGAGGUUAUGUCAUUAUAUUUGGAGGCUAUGUCAUUAUUUUUGGAGGCUAUGCCAUUAUAUUUGGGGGCUAUGUCAUUAUAUUUGGGGGCUAUGUCAUUAUAUUUGGGGGCUAUGUCAUUAUAUUUGGAGGCUAUGUCAUUAUAUUUGGAGGCUAUGUCAUUAUAUUUGGAGGCUAUGUCAUUAUAUUUGGAGGCUAUGUCAUUAUAUUUGGAGGUUAUGUCAUUAUAUUUGGAGGCUAUGUCAUUAUAUUUGGAGGCUAUGUCAUUAUAUUUGGAGGCUAUGUCAUUAUAUUUGGAGGCUAUGUCAUUAUAUUUGGAGGCUAUGUCAUUAUAUUUGGAGGCUAUGUCAUUAUAUUUGGAGGCUAUGUCAUUAUAUUUGGAGGCUAUGUCAUUAUAUUUGGAGGCUAUGUCAUUAUAUUUGGAGGUUAUGUCAUAUUUGGAGGUUAUGUCAUUAUAUUUGGAGGUUAUGUCAUAUUUGGAGGUUAUGUCAUUAUAUUUUGAGGCUAUGUCAUUAUAUGCCGCUGACAGGAGUGACAUUACCUUCUUCAUAACUUUUCCCCCCACGUUUACAUCGACAGUACGCGGCGAACGCAGGUCCUGGAUGACGAGUCCGACUACUUUGCCACCGACUCCAACCAGUGGCUGUUGCCUAGCGAGCGCGAGCACCUGAGAAAGAAGGAGGAGGAGCUACGGGAGCUUCGCCACGCCUCCAGGAAGGACAGGAAGAUCACGCUGGACUUCGCAGGCCGACAGGUGCUUGACGAGGGAGAGAGUAACAGUCAUUACUACAAGAAGUGAGUGAAUGACUUGAGAACAUGUCAAUGGACACCACAGGAGGUUGGUGGCACCUUAAUUGGGGAGGAUGGGCUCGUGGUAAUGGCUGGAGCACAAUAGGCUGAAUGGGAUCAAAGACAUGGUUUCUAUGUGUUUUAAUGACAUUCCAUUCACUCCGUUCCAGCCAUUAUUGUGAGCCGGGUUACAUAAACAAAAGGAGGUGUUUAAUACACCCUUCAGACUUUCACAACACAGUGGUAAACUUCAUUUCUCCUGCUAAUGUAUCUACACUGUUACAGCUAGAUGGGUUAAAGUGUGUAUAGUUUGAAACAAGGCACCUAAAAAAACUUUAUUACCACACUCCUUGGUGUUUUUUAGGUUUGACGAGACGGUCAAGGCCCUCAACACAGGCACCAAGGUGAAGUCUCCACAACGCCCUGAGGGACCAGCGGGACGGCAGCACCUGCGAGAGCUGGUCAACCCCAACAUAGUACAGGCUGCACCAAAGGUAGGACACACACAGUAUUUGCUCAUAAUGUUGUGGCGUGUGUAUUUACCUUGGUAAAUCCCUCUACAGCUGCAAACAUUUUGUCAUCAUAAUUCUGUGAAUCUCUACUCAUAUCCUUCUCUCCAUGUAUCUCCAGUGGGUGGACGUGGGCAGUGGCCCUCGGAGAUCCCAGGAUAAAGGUGUUGUCGGUACGGAGGGGGGCGGCGCUGCAUGCCCAGAGCGCUCCAGACUCCGGCUGCAGGACAAAGAGCUGCAGGAGAUGGCCGACGGGGGCUGGUGCCUCAGCAUGCACCAACCAUGGGCCUCGCUACUGGUCAAAGGAAUAAAGAGGUACAGAAAACUCUAAUAAUGGGCCUCGCUGUUGGUCAACAACAUCCCUACUGACCAGGCUAUUUGUCAAAAACAUCCCUACUGGCCAUGCCAUUGGUAAAAAAAACAUCCCUUCUGGCCAUUCUAUUGGUCAAAAACAUCCCUACUGGUCAUCAGGAAGUACAUAACACACUCUAACAAUAGGCCCUGCAAAGGCAUUGAGUAGGAACAAAACACACAACAACAAUGGGCUAUGUUAUUGGUCAAAAGCAUCACUAUUGGCCUUGUUAUUGGUCAAAGGCACCAAAAGGCAGCCUUUUUGACUAGCCAUUAAAAAGAAGAAGGGGUAAAAACUGAUGUAUGUGGUCCUCUGUAACUCAGUUAGUAGAACAUGGUCCUCUGUAUCUCAGUUAGUAGAACAUGGUCCUCUGUAACUCAGUUAGUAGAACAUGGUCCUCUGUAUCUCAGUUAGUAGAACAUGGUCCUCUGUAUCUCAGUUAGUAGAACAUGGUCCUCUGUAUCUCAGUUAGUAGAACAUGGUCCUCUGUAUCUCAGUUAGUAGAACAUGGUCCUCUGUAGCUCAGUUAGUAGAACAUGGUCCUCUGUAGCUCAGUUAGUAGAACAUGGUCCUCUGUAGCUCAGUUAGUAGAACAUGGUUCUCUGUAUCUCAGUUAGUAGAACAUGGUCCUCUGUAUCUCAGUUAGUAGAACAUGGUCCUCUGUAGCUCAGUUAGUAGAACAUGGUCCUCUGUAGCUCAGUUAGUAGAACAUGGUCCUCUGUAGCUCAGUUAGUAGAACAUGGUCCUCUGUAGCUCAGUUAGUAGAACAUGGUCCUCUGUAGCUCAGUUAGUAGAACAUGGUCCUCUGUAGCUCAGUUAGUAGAACAUGGUCCUCUGUAGCUCAGUUAGUAGAACAUGGUCCUCUGUAUCUCAGUUAGUAGAACAUGGUCCUCUGUAUCUCAGUUAGUAGAACAUGGUCCUCUGUAACUCAGUUAGUAGAACAUGGCGAUUGCAAUGCCAGGAUAGUGGGUUUGAUUCCCGGGAACACCCGUACGUAAAAAUGCAUGCACGUGUGACUGUAAGUCACUUUGGAUAAAAGCGUCUUCUAAAUGGCAUAUUAAUAUUGUAUGAUACUAUGUGUGUCCAGGGUGGAGGGGCGGAGCUGGUACACGUCCCACCGGGGCCUUCUGUGGAUAGCAGCUGCAGCCAAGAGGCCCGCCCCUGAAGAGGUCACUCAGGUGGAGAACAUGUUCCUUCAGAUCUACAAGAGAGGUACACACAUGGUUACACACACACACACACACACACAGGCUACCACUUUCUAUCUCCCACUUUCUCUUUAUCCCCCCCCCCCCCCCUCCCACACACACACACACACUGCAAUGAAUAACAGAUUAUUAGGAUGCAUAUAAGCAUACUGUUGACUCUCACCGACCACCCUCUUCUCCCCCAGAUCCUACGUUUCCUAA